AUGAAACUCUCUGCCAAAUCUCUCACCGUGCUAGCCGCAUCGGUCUCGGCUACUAACGCAUUCAAUCUUCUUGAUAUCCCCCAGAAUCUUCUCGGAGCUGUCGACAACCUUGUUGCCUCCGGGUUUGCGAUGACUCCAGUUAGUCCGCAACUUGCAGAUGCUGCCCAUGAUCUUGGUAUUAACCCCAAAUGGCUUCCGGACUCAAUCCGCAAGUAUUGGAAAGAUAUGGCUUCUGAUGUUGCUUCUUAUAGUAAAAAGCCUCAAUCAGCCUUUCGUCGCGUAAAGAAGGUUUUCCUUUCUGAGGAAUCUAAAAAGCCCAAGGAACGUAAGAAGCAACGUGUUUCUCGUCGCACUGACUUUGACCUGCAUGUCAAGUCUGAAAAGUUCCCAAUGCACGCACUGCGUGUAAAGACCAAUACUGCGGAAUCGCUUGGACUUGACUCAGUCAAGCAAUACACUGGGUAUUUUGAUGUUGAUGGCCCAGAGGAUGACUCGGGAAAGCACUUGUUUUUCUGGUUCUUUGAGUCGCGAAAUGACCCUAAAACGGACCCUAUUUUGGUAUGGUUGAAUGGUGGUCCAGGCUGCUCAUCCUUGAUGGGUAUGCUUUAUGAGUUGGGUCCUUCAAGCAUUUUGACACCAGUUGAAAAGCCCGAGCUUAAUCCUUACUCUUGGAAUAAUAACGCCAGUGUUAUUUUCUUAGACCAACCUGCUGGAGUUGGUUUUUCAUAUUUUGACUCUGAAAAUGUCCCUGUGUCUGAUACGCGUGCUUCUGCCGUAGAUGUCUACGCCUUUUUGUCAUUAUUUUUCCAACAGUUCCCUGAGUAUAAGGAUUUAGGUCUUAACAUUGCUGGUGAAUCGUAUGCUGGCCACUACAUUCCCGCAAUUUCGACUGAGAUUUUGAAACACACUGAUAGAAAUUUUGUUUUUAAGUCUGUUUUGAUUGGUAAUGGUUGGACUGAUACCUAUCACCAAUCUGCUGGUUAUGGACCCAUGGCGUGUGGUAAGGGUGGUUACAAGCCUGUGUUGAGUGAAGAGCAAUGUGCCAAGUUCAACCACACAGAAGCUAGAUGCAGAUGGCUUGAUGGUUUGUGCUACAAGCGUCAAGACCGCUUAACGUGUGUCCCUGCAACCUAUGUGUGUGACUCAUUGCUUGAUCCAUACAUUGACACUGGCUUGAAUCCCUAUGAUAUUCGCAAGCCAUGUGUGGGUUCCCAGGAUAUGUGUUACGAUGACAUUGACUACUAUGCCAACUACUUGAACAAGCCCAAGGUGCAAGCUGCCAUUGGAGCUGAGGUUGAGAAUUACGAAGGCUGCAGUGAUCCUGUUUUUAACGCGUUUAUUCACACUGGUGAUGGCGGCAAGCCAUUCCACUUUGAUGUUGUGGAAGCACUUGCACAGGGUCUGGAAGUGCUUGUUUAUGCUGGAGACAAGGAUUACAUUUGCAAUUGGGUUGGCCAAGUUAAAUGGCUUGAUGCUCUAGAAUGGCCUGGUGCUGAUGAAUGGGCUGCAGGUAAGUUUGCAUCAUGGGCAACUGUUGAUGAUGGUGAGGCUGCUGGUGAGUAUAAGAAGGCUGGUAAUUUGACUUUUGUUCGUGUUUAUGAUGCUGGACAUAUGGUGCCUUAUGAUCAGCCUAAGCAUGCCUUGGACAUGGUUAUGCGCUGGCUACACGGUGGUCGCAGCUUUGCUUGA